AUGCGAGGUACUUCUAACCCGCGACUCUUGCAGUUUGAUCCUGAGAUAGAAAAGACAGAGAGGAAACUUAGGAAAGACGCAAAAGCAAAGAAAGCGAAAGAAACAAAAACAGCGUCAAUUUCUACGGAGACAAAGGAAAUACCAAAAGAGGAACCUAAGGAAGAACCAAUGGCAGAAAACAACAAUCAAAUUGUUCGAAGGACAUUGGGGGAUUACAUGACCCCAGCUCGAGCACCACAGACAGCGAGCAUUGUUAGACCCCAAAUAGAGGCUAACAACUUUGAACUAAAGCUAUUCCCAUGCUCACUGAAAGAUGAAGCAAGAGAUUGGUUGCAGUCUCAACCUGAAGGAAGCAUAACCAGUUGGGAUGACUUAGCCGCUAAAUUCUUGGCCAGAUUUUUCUCAGCUUCAAAGAUGGCUAGGCUCAAAGCGGAGAUCAAUGCUUUUGAACAAAAAGAAAGCGAAUCUUUGUACGAGGCUUGGACACGAUUCAAAGGAUUACUCCGGAAGUGUCCUCAACACGGAAUUGAAGCAUGGGAGAAGGCAAGAAUCUUUUUCCAAGGGAUGACAGCCAACACAAGAACAUUGGUAAAUGUCGCUUCAGGAGGCUCAUUGAAAACAAAAACUCUUGAUGAGACACUUGAAUUGUUGGAAUCAUUAGCAUCUCAAGAAUUUGACAAUGCUCAUACUCCAGUUGCGCCCAGAAGUUCAAGAAUCAUGAAGCUUGAAGGCUAUGAUGAGGCUCAUGCAACUGAGGAUUGUGAAUACAUCAGAAACACAGAAAAGCAACCAGCGGAGGUUAAUGCACUCUGGUAUGAUCAAAAGAACUCAAACAAUCCAGGAAUGAAUCAAUAUGGUAAUCAAGGGUGGAAGAAUAACAACCAACACCCUAGGUUGAGUUACAAGUCAAACUACCAGUUGAAUCCUCCUAUGCCAUUGCAACAACAACCUCAAGGUACCACAUCCGAGUGGGAAAAGGCGUUUGCACAGUUGUCCAAGACAACAUCCGACUACAUUCAACAUGCAGAUGCCUUCAUAGAUGAAACAAGAGCUUCGUUCCGGAAUCAAGAAGCUUCGAUCCGAAACUUGGAGACUCAAAUUGGUCAGCUGUCAAGACAUUUCACGGAAAGAACUCAGGGCACUUUUCCAAGCAACACAGUUGUCAAUCCAAGGGAGCAUUGCAAUGCUAUCACCACUAGGAGUGGGACAGUGAUUCAACCUGUGGAAAAGCCACCAGUUGAAAAGAAGAAAGAAGCUGAACCUGAAGUUGAGAAAGAGAAAGAAGAAGAUGAGGUAGAAGCUGAAAAAUGCAUUCCAGAGAAGAAGCUGUUCAAGUGGGAGAAAAAGAAAGCUCUGGACAGGCAACCAAAAGUGGCAGACCCGUCUCCAUAUGCAAAAGUUCCAUACCCUCAGCGGUUGAAACAAGAGGUCCAGAAACAACAAUACACCAAAUUUCUGGACAUCUUCAAGAAGCUGCAAGUCAACAUCCUUUUUGCUGAAGCUUUAGAGAACAUGCCCAAAUAUGCAAGGUUUAUGAAGGAUCUAUUGUCAAGGAAACGUAAGUUGCGGGAAUGUGAGACAGUAAAUCUGACGGAGGAAUGUAAUGCUAUCAGCGAAAAUAAGUUACCUACCAAAGUCAAGGAUCCAGGGAGCUUCAACAUUCCAUGCAUUAUAGGCAAGAUGGAAGUAGACAAUGUUUUAUGUGAUCUUGGAGCUAGCAUCAAUGUCAUGCCACUCUCCAUGAUGAAGAAACUGGGGAUAACCAAAGUGAAGCCCACAAAGACGAUAGUGCAACUGGCUGACCGCUCUUCAAAGCAAGCUUAUGGUAUCAUUGAUGACAUAUUGGAUAAGGUUGACAAGUUCAUCAUUCCUGUUGAUUUUGUCAUCCUUGACAUUGAAGAAGAUGCCACAAUUCCUAUGAUUUUUGGAAGACCCUUCUUGGCAACUUCAGGAGCACUGAUUGAUGUACUUAAAGGUGAGCUGAUAUUACGGGUAAACAGAGAGCAAGUAACUUUCAAGUUCUUUGACAAAGAAGUCCCCUCAUCUAUAGCUCAACCGGAAGAUCAAGUCUACUACAUUGGUGAAAAGAAAG